AGCGAGCGAGCGAGAGGAGCGUCCGCAACGACACCUCGCGCGGCUUCAGGCGCGCCCCAGCUCCAGCUCCGCGGAGCGUCGUCGUGGAUGUCGAUUUGAACGCGCGAGGACAUGGACGCUCUGGCGCUGAGGGCACCGUUCCAGGCGCCUACGCGCGCCGGAGCUCGUUUGAAUUGCGCGGCCCCGAAAUUUUGUAGACUAGGAGGAGUGAGGGCGAGGCAGGAUGUUCAUGGCGCUGCCCCGAAAGCUCUCGAGCUCGAGCGGGAGGGCGAGAGUGCGGGCGUCGAGAUUUCUCGGAGGAAUUUGUUCAGCGCAGUGUUUGCUGCGGCGACGGCGUUGCCAUUGAUGCAGAAAUUCGACGCCUCGGCCACUUCCUUCAGGCAGUACAAUGAUCGAUUCGAUGGCUAUUCUUUUCGGUAUCCCGAAGGGUGGAUUCAGGUCCGAGGUGCCGGGGCCGACGUCUUCUUUCGAGACCCGGUGAAUCUGGACGAGAAUGUCGUCGUGGAAUUUAGUUCGCCUUCGUCGUCGCGGUACAAGAGUGUGGAGGAUCUUGGGACUCCGGAGCAAGCGGCCGAGAAAGUUCUGAAUCAGUACUUGACGGAAUUCAUGUCCACCAGAAUCGGGGUUCGUCGAGAGUCGAGCAUCGUGUCCACCACGUCGAGGGUCGGCGAGGACGGCAGGCUCUACUACGAUAUCGAGGUCAACGUGAAGUCUUUCGCCAACACGAAUCAGCUAGCCGUGAUGCCUCAGGAUCGUGUGGCCAAAUUAGAGUGGAGCAGGCGUUAUCUUUCAGUAAUAGGUGUCGAGAACAAUCGCCUCUACGAGUUGCGCCUUCAAACUCCCGAGCGUGUGCUGGAGCAGGAGGGGGCCGACCUUCGGCAGAUGAUGACAUCGUUUAAGCUUGUAAAAUUAGACGCAUAAUAAAAUUAGUGGGUAUGAGUUUAACAUCAUGGCAUGAGAUAUUCGGCGCAUUCACUUUUUUCUUUACCUACUUUCAACAUCUACGUUCUUUUAAGCUACAGAGCUUCAUGGUUGUACGUCUUGAAUAACAUUUAGAAAAAAAGCGGCUUAGGAAACUAUUGUCUCACCUCCGUAGGCCGGAGGAUAGAAGUCAGUCUCAUGUCCAAUUUGACUUCUCAUUUGAUUUUUUCACUUCUCUUUCACUUUCUGCCAAAAUCAAAAUUGCAGAUGGAAACUGUUCACCAUUGAAGCAUGGCAUUGUAU